AUGUCUGCUGCCAGCUGUCUGCUGUCUGAAGACCAGUUUCUGUGCUGCAUUUGUCUGGAAGUGUUCACAGAUCCAGUCAGUACACCAUGUGGACACAACUUCUGCAAGAACUGCAUCACUCAGCACUGGAACAGCAGUCCUCUGUGUGAGUGCCCCAUCUGUAAAAGGAAGUACUACACAAGACCCGAGCUCCAUGUCAAUACUUUCAUCUCUGAGAUGGCUGCUCAGUUCAAGCUGUCAGCUCAGCAAGAAGCCAUUUCAGACCACAAGCGCCAUGAUGUUGUUCCUCUGAAAGAGGAAUACAAAGUGAAGAAGGCAGGGCUGGAGAAGAAACAGGCUGAAAUUCAAGGAAUGAUCCUGAAGAGACUGGAGAAGAUUCAGGAGGUUAAACGCUCUGUGCAGCUCAGUAAGGAAGAGGCAGACAGAGAGCUGGAGGGGGGUGUUCAGUUCUUUGGUGAUUUGAUGGAGUCUAUAGAGAGAGGUCUGAAUGAGCUGACAGAGGCGGUCAAAGAGAAGCAGAGAACAGCAGAGAAACAGGCUGCAGACUUCAUCAAGGAGCUCGAGCAGGAAAUCUUUGAGCUGAUGAAGAGAAGCUCUGAGAUGGAGCAGCUCUCAAACUCAGAAGACCACCUCCAGUUCAUCCACAACUUCUCUUCUGUGAAAGCUGUUCCACCCACUAAAGACUGGCCCAACACCAGUAUCCAUCCACCUUCAUAUGAAGGGAUGGUGGUGAGAGCUGUGAGUCAGGUGGAGAAGAAGCUAAAUGACCAGAUGAAGAGUCUGUUUGAGGACGAGCUGAAGAGAGUCCAGUGGUACAGAUGUUAUGCCAUGCUUGAUCCUGAUACGGUUCACCCCAGACCCCCCCAGUAUAAAGGGAAUGAUUGUAGAUGUGUGUUAUCAAAUCUGGGUUACUCUUCUGGAAGAUUUUAUUUUGAGGUCAAGGUUGACAAGUGGUCUGCGUGGACUUUAGGAGUGACCAGAAAGGAUAAUGUGAAAGGACAAGUCCAGCUGAGUUCCAGCAACGGUUUCUGGACUUUAUGUUUGUGCUCUGAUGGGUAUGUAGUUUCCACGGAGCCGGCAGUCCACCUGUCCCUGAGGUCGAAGCCUGAGAAGGUGGGCGUGUACGUCCACUACGACGAGGGUCUGGUCUGCUUUUAUGACGUCAGCACUGCAGCUCUUAUCUACUCCUUCUCUGACUGCUCCUUCACUGAGAAGCUCUACCUGUUCUUCAGUCCCUGUUCCAAUGAUGGUAAUAACAUCCACACUGGUGGGUUCGGCUGCGUAAUACAAUAA